GAGGCACCACUGGAGAGCCUGAAUGAUUACCUCUUCGCAUUGUCUAGCCAUGCAGUCUACUGGGAUUCUAAGGACUGUCUUCUCUUUAUGCUUAAUCAGGUUUUCGACAACGCUGAUUGUGUUUGUGUCGAGGGGGUUACUACUCCAACGAAUACCAAUGCUUCGCUGACACCCCGUGGGGAGACGAAUUAUGACCUUCUGACUGCCACCGAUUCUGAGACCUCUGUGAUGAAACAUUCGACUUCCAAUCCUGCCUUCUCUUCCAACCCUAUCUCGGGUUCUGCCUUCCACCCUGCUCAACAUUUUUACCCACCGUCUCGAACUUCUAUGCUCGAUCCAUCUCCCCCUCCCUCGAUGACAUCCCUUCACAGCCAAAGUGGUGUUGCCACUGACCUUAUUGACCUCUCUAGUACCUCAAACCGUCAAACCACCGUUGAUUCAAACUUUGUCGAGAUUGACCUCGCUCCCUGA